ACUCUUGGACUUGCUCUUAGCCAAACAGGGCCUAAAUGAAACUGGGUGAGAUUUUGGGGAGUUGAAGCGAUUGAAUUGUACAGAAGGGUUGGGGUGAGCAAGAAAUGGGGUCUCGAGCGAAGAAGAAAGCAAGAACACUUCCUCAACAUCUCGGAGACGAAGACAGAAUCAGCAGAUUGCCUGAUGAACUCAUUCACAAAAUCCUCUCAUUUGUAGAUGCUAAACAGGCUGUCGAAACCGGCACUCUCUCGAGACGAUGGCGGUUUCUAUGGACCACUCUCCCUUUUCUCAGUUUCGGUCCGUAUGAAAACUCUGAACCUAAAAAUGUUGGUAAGUUGAUCCGUCAUGUUUUGUCUAAACGAAACCAUCAAUCCCAUGUUUCUGACUUGAAGUUUUGUGUUUACGAGAAGGGGUGUUCUGAGAAAUUAUUUGAAUAUUUUGUGGAUUAUGCAAGCUUCCAUGGUGUGCAAUCCUUAUAUCUUGAACUAUCACCUGAUUAUAAACCAUUUAAGUUGUCCACUUUUAACUCCAUGUCGUUAAACAAACUAACUUUAAAUGUGAGACUCGAAGAAUGUGAACUGCAAUCGGGUGUCUGGGAUUUACCUGCCUUAACAAGUCUAGACCUCAAGCAUGUGUGUGGUUAUGAAGAUUUGUAUAGGUCGAAUUCAUGGCUGAAGGAUUCAUUGUUCACAUGCUUGCCUGCCCUAACAACUCUGAGUCUUGAUGAUUGGAACUUAUCGCAGUUAUCUUCUUUCAGUUUGCCAGGUUUAACAUCCCUCUGUCUGUCUCGCUGUAGUUUGCCCAAAGUUUGGGACUUCCCGAACUUAUUAAGUCUACAACUGGAUGGUGAACGUGUUGGAAGUAAUAUGAGUGACAACCUUUCUGCACUUGUCAAUUUGAAAAAUCUCACAUUAUCUCUAACAUCGAACUACCAAGAGACUUUCAUAUCUUGUCCUCCUCAAUUGUUGAAUCUGAGUAUCAAAGCCAGCUUGUGGAGCUACACUUGUAACGUUGUGGUGUCAGCACCAAAACUCUGCAACUUCACCGCUUUUGGUAUCCUUACGGUCACAGUUGGAGUUCCCGAGUUGGAGAAUGUUAAUAUAAGUUUACAGGGUUGGUUUGGAAACAUGGAAUUGACAAGGAGGAAACAAUUUUAUCGGCGGUUAACAGUUAUGCUUUCAGGACUUGGUAAUGCCAAGAAUCUCACGUUUGACUUGGAGAGCAUUGAGGCACUCAAUAAGAUUUCCAAAGUUCUUGUGAGUUUACCUUCUCCAUUCGGUAAGUUGAAGUAUGUGAAGUUACCAAGGGGAUUCGAAGAAUCAAGUGUAUCCAGUGCUCUUAGAACCUAUUUACUUGGCGGCUCUCCUAAUGCCACCUUCGUCACAAUACUGCCCCAGAAUAAUGGUGUGGAAGAUCCUGUGGUAGACGCUAACAGGGUUAGUCAUACUGACCCUUCCGUAGAAGGGACAGGCAAAGAUCAGGCGUGCUCUUCAAGAGGGGAAAGAGAUUCCGGAUUAUGGCGGAGCCACGAGGUCAAUUUUGAGUUUUUAGGCCUGCUUGAUCGCAUUAUGCAUAAGUACCCGAAAACCUUUGAGCACUUCACCACAAAAAACAAGAAGUUAUGUACAAUGAAUCUGAAUAUGUUGUGCAACUCUCUAAACGACUUUUUCAAAAUAUCUGUGGCUAAUGUUGAUUCUGAGAUGAUACGGGAGUACAGGGAAGUAUUUUCUUACUUACACACUCAGGGAAUUAACCUAAGUUGGAUGUUGGACCGCCUGAACUAUUUAGAACAUCUCCGAUUUUCCAAGCCCCUACUUAGUGAGCUUCACUCAAUUGAUUGUCAAAUUGACGAUACUAAAACUAAACUACAAGAGUUGCAGUCUCUCCGCGUGGAGAAGUUGUCAGAAAUUGAGAAAGCUUUUGGAACUAGGGGUACUAACCUUGCUGCUGGUUUUGCUGGAGAUGAUCUACUGGCUAGUCCUUAACAUUGGUGGUUUGGUUGAACGUUCAAAAGUUUUUGGAUCCCUUGGUAUAUUUUCCAUUUUAAUCCCGAAAAGUAUGUAGUACUUCAGAAGUACUUUAUUCUUAUUUUGAUGUCAGAGAUACUUGAAGUAAUUUCAGAAGCUAAUGCAUGAUGAUGGUAAUAUUGAUA